AUGAAGGUCGCUGAGUUGAGUCGAGAUGUGGAGAAAGAGCGCGCCGUCGCAGAUCGGCUGAAACGUGAGGCGGACUUAUCUGCCACGGAGGCCAAGUUCCGGGAGCUCCAGCUUAAACGGGAAGUGCGUGCAUCUGGUGUCAAUUCCGGAAGGCGUUCCGCGGCUGGAAUGUUCAAAGCCGUCUGCUCAACCGACCUGCUCUUCCUCAUGGACACCACAGGCUCAAUGUUGAAUCACAUCAAGGCAGCCAAGGAUCAAGUCAGGAGUAUUAUGAAAGACAUCAAACUGGCGUUUUUGAAUGAAGCCGAAAUACGCUUCGCGGUGGUGGGGUACAAAGAUCAUGGGGACACACCCAAUAUCCAGUUUCUCGACUUUACUUCGAAUGUCGAUCGAGUGCACGCCUUCCUCAACGGUCUGGCAGCAACUGGUGGUAAUGAUGAGCCCGAAGACGUUCUAGGCGGGCUUCGACAAGCGCUCAACGCGUCGUGGAAGCAACAGACGCGGUGCAUUGUCCAUAUCGCGGAUGCCCCACCACACGGCCACAAGUUGCAGAACAAGCCCUGCAAGGACGAUCGCUACCCCAAUGUCGGAUAUUGUCCGCACGGGAUCACCCUCGAGCCGAUGCUCAAGCAGAUGAUUGGCCUCAGCAUCAACUACGCUCUUCUCCGAAUCAAUAGUAGCACUGAUCGCAUGGCCCUUGCCUUCCACGAAGCUUACUCCGCAGCGUCCGCAGACUGUGUGCUACUCAGCUCCAACCAAUUUUACAGCGACGCCUCUAACUACUCUUAUCCGGGUGGCGGACUCUCCAAGGGUAACGUCAAAGGGAGCCUACUAUUUGAAGAGACGGAGCUUGGUACGACUUUCAGCGCCUUGCGGCAUCUGAUUGUCAAUAUGGUCACCAGCUCGGCAUCGCGCACUGCGGUCCGGGUGUCAACUGCUCGAGCGAAGUCAACUGGCAAGAAGUUAUGGUCAGACCUGGCUACGACCCUUGGAGCCAUUGGUGAGGACCACGACGAGGGCGACGCCGAGGACACUCGGCUGGAAACUGUGCCCCCAAUGUGGCACCUCCGCGACUGGUUCAACGAAACCCUGAUGGUGGAGGGUUUCUCCCCCGACGUGGUCCGGCAUGAUGCUAACACGCUGAAUGACAUGAUGGCCCACGACGACAAUAUCACCAUGGGCAUCACAGAGCUCACUGUCCACAAGCGAGACCACCCGUUUGCCCAAGGUGCAUUACGUGUGGCAUUCUAUGCCCGCACUGCUGCCUCUGCCAAUCGUUACGUGGUCAAGUCGUUCAAGCGCGGUGGGAAGCGGCUCGCUCACCUAGCUGAGGACAUGCGGUGUCAAGCACUGUGCAAGGCAUUUGCACUCGAUUUUAACGCCUUACUUGGGGAAGAGCACUCAAUCGACUUCAUCGUGACGACAUGCCUGAAAGGUAAAUCGGGGACUGACUCUGGCGAUGAAUGCCUAUCCCUCGAGCCCUUCAUCGAAGGGACCUACGUCAAGUACAACAACAACUGCGGCUUUGUCAACAAAGACAACCCCUCCGAUCGCUUCAGCCAAGCCGCGCAGGCCUUCUCGCACUUCACUUUCGAGCGUUCCCGGGGCCGCUUCCUCGUCAGCGACAUCCAAGGCGUCGAAAACAUCAUGACCGACCCUGUAAUCCACACACUCGAUCCUGAGCGCUUCAAGCUCGCCGAUGCAAACCUCGGUAAGGAGGGCUUCAAGUUCUUCUUCGCCACACAUACUUGCAACAGCAUCUGCGCCAAGCUCGGCCUCAAGACCAACGCCGCAAUGAUCAUGUCCGGCAAAUACCAGUUCCGGGAGUCCUGGCCAAGUAUCUACAAUAACGUGUGCUGCUCCAACAAGCUGUGCGGCAAGAUCAUGCGUCUCAGCAGUUCCAAAACCUCGGAGAAAUUUUCAGGGUACCAUUGGUGCGAUAUAUGUUGGUCGCAGCUGCGGAGCUCAGUCGCCAAAUUGGUUUGUUUGGAUCCGGGACCGCACCAUGAGUUUGAGGUGAGCAGAUUCUUUUACGAGUCUCAGGGAAGGAGCACGCCAAGGAGAUGUGCGACGCAUCGGGGGGGAGAGGGGGAGGAUAUCACGAUGGCGGAUUCGAGGACGAGGACGAGGACGAGGACGAGGACGGAGGUUGUGGGUGAGAAUUUUUGGGCGAGGUUGAAGAGCGCAAAGAGGGAGAAGAGUGUGGUGUCUUUGAGGGGUCGCUAA